AUGGGGCCCAUCUCAGCCCCUUCCUGCAGAUGGUGCAUCCCCUGGCAGGGGCUCCUGCUCACAGCCUCACUUUUCACCUUCUGGAACCUGCCCACCACUGCCCAGCUCACUAUUGAAGCUGUGCCAUCCAAUGCUGCAGAGGGGAAGGAGGUUCUUCUACUUGUCCACAAUCUGCCCCAGGACACUCUUGGCUACAACUGGUACAGAGGGGAAACGGUGGACGCCAACCGUCGAAUUAUAGGAUAUGUAAUACCAAAUAAACUAACUACCCCAGGGCCUGCAUACAGCAGUCGAGAGACAAUAUACCCCAAUGCAUCCCUGCUGAUGCGGAACGUCACCAGAAAUGACACAGGAUCCUACACCCUGCAAGUCAUAAAGCUAAAUCUUAUGGAUGAAGAAGUAACUGGCCAGUUCAGCGUACAUCCGGAGACUCCCAAGCCCUCCAUCUCCAGCAACAACUCCAACCCUGUGGAGGACAAGGAUGCUGUGGCCUUAACCUGUGAACCUGAGACUCAGAACACAACCUACCUGUGGUGGGUAAAUGGUCAGAGCCUCCCGGUCAGUCCCAGGCUGCAGCUCUCCAAUGGCAACAGGACCCUCACUCUACUCAGUGUCACAAGGAAUGACGCAGGACCCUAUGAGUGUGAAAUACAGAACCCAGCGAGUGCGAACUUCAGUGACCCAGUCACCCUGAAUGUCCUCUAUGGCCCAGAUGCCCCCACCAUUUUCCCUUCAGACACCUAUUACCAUGCAGGAGUAAAUCUCAACCUCUCCUGCCGUGCGGCCUCUAAUCCACCCUCACAGUAUUCUUGGUCUGUCAAUGGCACAUUCCAGCAACACACACAAAAGCUCUUUAUCCCCAACAUCACUGCAAAGAACAGCGGAUCCUAUGCCUGCCACGCCACUAACUCAGCCACUGGCCGCAACAGGACCACAGUCAUGAUGAUCACAGUCUCUGAUGCUUUAGUACAAGGAAGUUCUCCUGGCCUCUCAGCUAGGGCCACUGUCAGCAUCAUGAUUGGAGUACUGGCCAGGGUGGCUCUGAUAUAGUAGCCCUGGUAUAGUUUCUGCAUUUCAGGAAGACUGGCAGGUAUGAUGGCCUUUCCUCUUGUCCUGUUUCCUGCAGGGCUGACCGCCAUGCUUGGGAGAGGGACCUGUAUCCCGGGACUGGAUCUCCUCCUCCUCCCAAUAAACUCCUGCUUCUCAGCACUAACUCCUGCAUGUCUCUUCUUCCCUGGUCUGCAUGCUCCCUGUACCCCACUGUCUCUUAGCUGUGAUUAUCCCCAGCCUCUGCUCAUUUGUUUCCCAGAUUCAAUGCACUACGAAAGUCUUUUGAUCCUUUCUUAACAUCU